AUGUCGACUACCACACCGAAUCCCGCCCACGGCCAUGACCUGGCACGUCGGGCCUCUUCCUCACACAGCUCCAACACCCAUGCGUUGGAGGAUCGCUUUGAGGUUCUCAAAGAGAUUGGGGAUGGUAGUUUCGGUAGCGUGGUCCUUGCCAGGGUGCGAAGCGCUGGAUCGAAUGUUGCGCGUCGAGGAACAGUCGUUGCCAUUAAGACGAUGAAGAAGACUUUCGAGUCGUUCGCCCCCUGCCUUGAGCUUCGCGAGGUUGUCUUCCUGAGGACUCUCCCUGCCCACGCUCACCUCGUUCCUGCUCUGGAUAUCUUCCUUGACCCCUACAGCAAGAAGCUUCACAUCGCCAUGGAGUACAUGGAGGGGAACCUUUAUCAACUGAUGAAGGCGCGAGAUCACAAAUGUCUGGACAAUGCGAGUGUGAAGAGCAUCCUUUUUCAGAUCAUGCAAGGACUUGAGCACAUCCACGCCCACAAUUUCUUCCAUCGUGACAUCAAGCCCGAAAAUAUUCUCGUCUCGACUUCAGGUCAUUCCGAUUCUGCAAACUCCUUCCGGAGGUACUCGGCGCUCGUAACACCCCCAUCCACGCCACCCACCUACUCUGUCAAAAUCGCCGACUUUGGCCUCGCGCGAGAAACCCACUCUAAGCUUCCUUACACGACGUAUGUGUCGACGAGGUGGUACCGGGCACCAGAGGUGCUGUUGAGGGCAGGGGAGUACUCAGCGCCAGUGGAUAUCUGGGCUGUCGGCGCGAUGGCUGUCGAAGUCGCUACUCUCAAACCCUUGUUCCCUGGUGGCAACGAGGUGGAUCAAGUUUGGAGAGUGUGUGAGAUCAUGGGGAGCCCUGGGAACUGGUACAAUAAGACAGGUGGUCGUGUCGGUGGUGGGGAGUGGCGAGAGGGCACCCGGUUGGCAGGAAAGCUCGGCUUUUCUUUCCCUAAGAUGGCCCCUCACUCGAUGGAUACCAUUCUCCAAUCACCACAAUGGCCUGCCUCGCUCAGCCAGUUUGUGACCUGGUGUCUGAUGUGGGAUCCCAAGAAUCGGCCCACAUCGACCCAAGCGCUUGCCCACGAGUACUUCACUGAUGCGGUUGAUCCUCUUCGGCCCAGGUCUUCGGCCUCGCGCAUUUUGGGCCGCAAGCAAUCCAACAUUGACCACAGCCGGUCCUCCAAAGAGACAGUGGCAACGCUAUCCACGGUGGGCAAGCAGUCAUGGUUUAGGAAGUCGCUUAUCGGUCGCUCGGAAGGGUUGCCCGAUGCCGCUGUCACGCCGGUCGAGGUUCCCAUGGUGAAGACGAGACCUCAGCAGCAGCAGGCCAAGCGGACAACCUGGGCUAAUGGCCCAUCCAACGUGGCACCGAUGCCUAUUCUUCCCACCAUCCGGCCGAUCUCGCCCCUUUCGGAUGCCGUCACGGCGCAAGCAAAACACGCCAAUGCUCUCCAUGAGGCGGGUGGCCAAGGCCUCGACCCUAGGCAAAGUAAGAAGGUCGGCAGGCAGCUCUCAGUCACCUCGAGCACGAAUCAGUACGCCGAGAUGCAUAGACAACAGGCUGAGAGGGCUCUUAAUGGUAAUACGGGCUUGAUUUCGCCGCCCAGCGCGCAGAAGGAGAGCUUUUUCUCCCACCUCCGAAAGCGAGCACGUCGGUUCUCAGGAAGGCACCAGACCCCUCUAUCGCCUGCCUACGAUGACUUGGAGGCUCAGGCGGGAUGUGGUCCUUGGGCCAGCAACCGGUCAUCCAUGGUCAUCGAUAGCCUGGCCCACCCCCGCCGAAACAUGAGGUCGGGACCGGUUUCGAGCCGGACGCGACGGCAGGCGACGCAGGGCAUGCGUCAGUAUGACGCUCCCGAUGAAGAGGAUGAGCUUCUCGAUGAAGUGCUUAGCUCGACUCGACAUGCUAUCCACCGACUAGAGAAGGAUGGUAAGCCUGCCCUCAGGCAAUCGGUGAGCAAUAUCGCGAUAUCGAACCCGUACCCGACUCCAUCGCCCUCAGCCAGCGGAACCGCAGUCCUGUAUAGCGAUGGGUUGGCGGUCGCUCCCAAACCUCUUGAUCUCGGAAAGAAGGUGACGGGCCCAGAAAAUAAGUGGCCAACCCCACCGUAUGAGGAGAGCGAAUGGGCCGCCUCGGCAGCGGCGAGCAUCUGGGCAGCUGGUAACCGUUUCUAA